GGCAGUGCCCGGCACGGGGAGCCCGGGUAGGGCUGGAACUUCUUCCGAACCCGUCCCGUUCCUUUCUUCUGAUGGGAACCACAGAUGUCUUCGUGUUAACCCGUGUUUCCCGUCUCCCCCGUGUGCGGUCCGUGAGCCGAGGGGCGGGCCGGGGAGGGGCUGCCCCCGGCCCCUGCACAGCGGGGCUGCGGCGGACACACGGUGGAUACACGGGCGGCCGCCGCCUACGACCGAGCCAGGGGGACCGGGAGGAGAUGGGGCCGAGGCCGUGACCGCAGGACCCGAGCACCCAUGCCCGAACAAGCAGUUGCUGUUGCUGGAGGUGUAAUAGGAGGGAUCCUUCUAUUUGUUCUCAUUGGAAUAGCUGGAUACCUUCUCUGGAGGAAGUUUUGCCACCUCCUUUCUUAUGAAAAGCUCAUCAGUCCUGUCCAAAUGACAAACACAAAUGGUAUUUUUCAGGAUCAGUCAGCUUCUGAAAUUCAACUGAAAAGCACAAGCAGAUCCAGAAGCGUUCCAUUUAUCAUUCCGCCGACACUGCGUGGGCAAGACUGGAUUAAGCUGACAAAUGAAGAGCAGGUUCAGGAAGACAGUGACCCCUCCAUGAUUGCUCAGUCUGGGCCGCGGUCAUCAUUUCAUUCUUUGGCUGGAGCUUAUGUUGUAGGGACCAUUAACCCAGAGCUGUACAAGUUUCCUGAAGACAAAAGUGAGAUGGAUUUUCCUGAAGGCAACAUUGGCCGCCUCUGGUUCUCCAUGGAAUAUGAGCAAGAGUCAGAAAGGCUCCUCGUCUCCUUGAUCAAAGUUAGAAAUCUGCAGCCUCCUGCUGAUUCCUGUAGUCCGUUUGUGAAAGUCUACCUGCUGCCUGAUGAAAGAAGCUACUUGCAGUCCAAAACAAAACAUAAAACCCUUAACCCACAGUUUGAUGAAAACUUCGUUUUUCAGGUUUCCAGUAAAAUGUUGCUUGAAAGGACUCUGAAGUUUUUGGUUUAUCGUGUUAAUAAACAGAAGAAGCAUCAUCUGCUAGGCCAAGUUACCUUCCCACUGAAAAAUCAAACAUUAACUGAUGACAACAAACUAGUCAUAUGGAGAGAUCUGGAAAAACAAAACUUGGAGCCACCUUCAGAGUAUGGGGACAUCCAGUUCUCCCUCAGCUACAAUGACGACCUGGGCCGUCUCACUGUGGUGGUUCUGAGGGCAAGGGGACUGAAGCUCCAGGAGGAGAGCCACGCUGUCAGUGUGUACGUCAAAGUCUCACUAAUGAACCACAAUAAAUUUAUCAAAAGUAAAAAGACAGCAGCUGUUCUGGGAUCUCCCAAUCCAGUGUAUAAUGAAAUGUUCAGUUUCAAGGCAGAUCAGACAGAGCUGGACACAGCAAGCCUGAGUCUAUCCAUCCUCCAGAGUAUCAAGGGAGAAAAAACACAUCCGCUAGGACGUGUAGUAGUUGGACCUUUCAUGUACGCCCGUGGCAAAGAACUGGAACACUGGAAUGAAAUGAUCAGCAAACCCAAGGAGCUGGUCAAACAAUGGCAUGCUCUCUGCUACAGCACGUAAACAGCACGGAUAAAACAAACAAAACCCCACAAAUAAAUGAGAUAAAGGAUACAAAAUCUGACUAUUCUAUGUUCCUAAUUGGACAAGAAUAAAAUAAACAAAUUCUUUCCUUGACCAAACAGAAAGAUAAGAUUUGGACCCUGGUAGGCCGGAACUCUAACUUUCCUCUCCUCUACAUAUAUUUCCAAUUUAAUUAACGUGGAGCAGAGUAAACAAAACAGGAAGACAAACAUGAUCUCCCAGUAUUAGUUAUUUGACUAGUAAAUUCCCAUUCUUGGUCCUGCGUUCUGGGCACAAAUGAUCAUCCAUCAUGUGGACAGAACCCAGAAUGACUUAAGAAUUGUCAGUAAUGAUACCAGGCAUUACCGUCCACUGCACUGCAUCACCAGACAGAGUAGCUUCACCGACCGGAAUGGAAGCCCAGUAAGCAUGCCAAAACAGACAAGCCCAAAAUAUUCAUAUGUUGACUAAAUUUACAAUUAAUUUUAAAUAGCAGCAUUGUAUUUAAAAACCUCUUCUCAACACGCAUGGUGGACAGCACUAAGUAUUUAUUGAUCAGAAGCCUAGAAGCAGCUGUUCAUAUCCCUCAACACAGUGUAUGUCUUGCAGUAAUUCAGUUAGACGUUUUCAGCUCAUCCCAACGUACAACACUUGGUGUUGGCACUAAAGGAGAAGCAUAAAAGAAGUCCUAAAGUGACAAAUUACCAGAAGCUUGCAGGAGUACUAGAGUACUAGCAAUACAACAGACCUGUUCCAUCCUUGUAUUUCUCACUACACAUCUCUGCUGGAGACAGCAUUGAUUGCAAGAACCUUGGGUUUGACCAUUCUCACAUUGCAAACCCAAUUAGUUUAAAACAGACCUAUGUCCUGGGCACUUCGUGGUAAGAGUUUUCUUUGUUAAGUAACUUGCUGUUCUGUAAAAUCUUUCAAAGCAAUUAUUUUUAAUCAAAAUAAAUACGACAUACUUCUCUUCU